AUGAGCUGUGAGGGAGGAGUAAAACAAAAUAAAAAAGUAAAAUAGUUCAGACCAGCUGCAGAUCUACUCUGACAGAAGACAGGCUCUCGCACAAUGGGGACUGAUAACGCCUCAGAACGUCCCUUAUCAGGACCAGAAUUGGCUGAAAAACAUGUGCAAACAUUCUCGUUGGUCAUCUACUGCGUGAUUAUUGUGGUUGGGACAGUAGGCAAUGGUCUGGUCAUCUACGUGACGGGCUUCAAGAUGAAGAAAACUGUCAACUCGGUGUGGUUUUUUAAUCUGGCUCUGGCGGACUUCCUCUUCACGGCCUUCCUUAUUUUUUCAGCGGUCUCUCUCUCACAGCAGCACCAGUGGCCCUUUGGAAACUUUAUGUGCAAACUCAAUGCUUUUGUGAGCUUAGUCAACAUGUUUGCCAGUGUCUUUUUUCUGGCAGCCAUAAGUUUGGAUCGUUGUUUGUCCAUCUUGGUGGUGGUGUGGGCACAAAACAAACGCACCGUCUGUAAAGCUCAAGUCAUGAGUGCUGUAAUCUGGUUGGCUGCAGGUAUUUGCAGCACACCUUAUGCCUACUUCCGUACUGUGAAAGAGUAUGAAAACAUAACCUACUGCACUUAUAAACAACCCAUGUCAAAAGAACAAAAAUUGAGUCUCAGUAUUUUCCGCUUUCUUAUGGGCUUUCUCUUUCCAUUCCUGACAAUACUUUUCUCCUAUGUGGCCAUAGCCAUACGUUCCAGACGUGCGCAGCGGACAAGAAAGCGGAGAUUUCAUCGCAUCAUUUUUGCUAUCAUUUUUGCAUUCUUCAUCUGCUGGUUACCCUUUCAUGUUUUGAAUUUCAUAGAAUUAACAGUCAAAUAUUACCCAAAUAUCUGGAUCGUUCGGAUUGGAGGUCCUUUAACUGUAUCCCUUGCCUUCAUGAACAGCUGUCUGAACCCCAUCCUGUAUGUUUUCAUGUGUGAUGAGUUCCAGAAGAAGCUCAAACAGUCCAUAUGCUUUGUUCUAGAGAGCGCUCUGGCAGAGGACCAUUUAAGUUUCAUGUCAUCUCGCUCUCUGACAUCCCAGUUGUCACGUAUUUCUCAGAAGUCAGAUGCAGAAAAGAAACACAUGGACACAUUGAUUUCCACAGAGAGCAGAGGGGUCUAGAGUGAAAGCAAGAAAACACCCACAAAUUACCAUUAGAGCUAUUGUUGUUUUAUUUUAUUUUUUAACAAAACAUUGUAGAAUUUGCAAGAAAAUACAUUUUAAAAACCCUAGAUAAACAUUACAUCCAUUAAAUUAGAUUAAUAUAGGCAAUGCUGUAAAUCUCCAAUCUGUGGAGAGAAAUCCAAAUAAUAUCUUCUACUUUAAGUGCUUUUCAUUUUAUUUUUAAUGAUAUGGCUUAAUACCUUUUGUUUGACACUUUUGACAAUCACUCGUUGUACUCUAUGUUUAUUUUGAGAUACAGAGUAAUGUACUAUACAAUAUUGUAAUCUAUCUCAAUCUAUGUCAAUGUGCUGCAGUGCUGUUCAAGUUGGACUCAUUCAAAUGCUGCAGGUAAUCAGAGUAAAUAUUGAAAUAUUAUUUUUUCUUUAUGUUUGUACAUUAAAGUUACAUUUUCAAAGAUAGUCUGAUCUGAAUAAACUGCUUGACUGCAAAAUCAUAUUAGUUUAAUCUUUUUUAUACUGAUGUAUCAGAUUGUGCAUAGAGUGCAUAGAAAUUUGUAUAAAAGCUUUUUUGAUACUUUCAGCUAAAUACAGUUACGUUUGAAGGCUCAGAUAAAUGUGUUAAUAAACAACUAGUAGAUUACUUGGAAAAACAUGAUGCACCCUUUUUCAGUUUAAAGAUUGGAAGACAGAGAGAAUGCCAGAGCAUAUGCAGCAUAUAAAAGAUGAUCUGAUUUACCAAGUUCUAAGCUUAUGUAGAUUUAACCUCAGUUUUGUGACAAGUAUACUCCAAUAAAAUUAUUUUAUGAAACAAAUAUGAAGUCUAAAAUUUAAAUGCUUGGGACAAACUGAACAUAUCUUCAAAGCCCUAAAAACAUAUAACAUAUCCUAACCCGAAGAUUGUUUUGACUGUGUGCACCAGUCCAGUUUGUUGUCAAGAUGGCCCCUGAAUAUUUGUAGGUCUGUACUGCUCAUAUCUUGCAUAUAUUAUUGCUGAAUGCUAACAGGGUGGCUAUACUGAAAGUCUGCCACCAUCUCCUCGCUUUUUAAUGUGUUCAGACGGAGAGAGUUGGCGAAA